CACUCAUCGAGGAGGAGGAAUUGUACCGACUGCUAUCAAGGACGCAAUGAACAACUCUUGCAUCAGCUUUGACUUUACAGGAAAAUUCCUGCCACCUGUCUACAUUUUAGUAUUCAUCACUGGCAUGGUGGCUAAUGGGCUGGGAUUGAGGUCAGUGCUGCAGAAAUGGGAGAAACUGGGGAAUGUCUCUGUUUUCGUUUUCAACCUUGGACUUGCAGACAUUUUGUAUUUGCUCACACUCCCUUUUCUGAUGGUGUACUACUUCAAGGGUGAUCAGUGGAUCUUUGGAGAAGCCUUUUGCAAGACAACAAGAUUCUUCUUCAACCUGAAUUUAUACGGCAGCAUUGGAUUCCUCACCUGUAUCAGUGUGUACAGGUACUUGGCUAUUGUCCAUCCAAUGAGGAUGAUGGGGAGAAUAACUGUGACUCAUUUUGUGUCUAUCUCAGUCAUGGUCUGGCUGCUGGUGAGUGUUCAAAGUCUUCCAGACAUGUUCUUCCCCAAAUCACCCAUAAAUAAUACUAAGAAGUGUUUUGAUACCACCUCUAACGAGUAUGUUAAAGAUUAUCUGAAAUACAGUUUGGGACGGACACUUACUGGUUUUUGCAUCCCCCUGUUCAUCACCCUCAGCUGCUAUGGACAUAUGAUUGCUGUUCUCUGCCACAAUGAUAACAUUGAUGAAGUACUGAAACAAAGAAGCUUAAAGUUGUUAUUCAUCUUGAUUCUUCUGUUCUCUGUUUGUUACAUCCCCUAUCAUAUAUUAAAAAAUCUCAACCUCUUGUCAAGACUAAGCGUAAUCAAGGGGACAUGUCAUAAAUGGUCUAAUGGAGUCUAUAUUUGUCAUCAGAUAAGCCGUGGCCUUGUGUGUCUGAACAGUGCGCUCAAUCCUCUAGUUUACCUGCAUGUAAGUGAAGAUGUUUGUUCUCAGCUCAGACAGCUACUUCAACAAGUUCGCCAAGCUGUCACUAGUCUGUACACCUCUAACCUCACGGAUACUUGAAAUGUGCCGAUGAACAUGAGGAGUACGCCUCAUCUGAGACUUUUGUAAGAAACACAAAAAUGUUGCUUUUUACUAAAAAGCAAAAAUAAUACUUGAAAAAACACUUGAAAGACGAGUUAUUGCAUUUGUGAUGCUUGAAUGUGUGAAGAACAAAC